AGAAAUGUCACCGGCUUGAAGGCAGCAGAUGUUCCUGUGCUGCCUCGGCGCUUCUGCUCCGUGCUCACCCCGCGACGGCGGAGGCGCCGGCGGGUCCUCGCAGCUCCUCCGCCCGUUGGCCUGCGGAGCUCCAGGCGGGCCGGCGAGAUCGGGGCUCCGGGAACGCGCAGUGGGUGACGGCCGAGGUGGGGAUGGCGAUCCCGGGGACCCGCCGCGCCUACUGAGGGGAGCACAGACGCCCCGUUAUGGUCAUUAUCUUCAGAUGAAUAGCCUUCACUGGCUGGAGUGAGCACACAAUAAUGAGUGGUGCAGCUUUGGGACUUGAGAUUGUUUUUGUCUUUUUUCUGGCUUUAUUAAUACUUCAUCGAUAUGGAGACUUUAAGAAACAGCAUAGACUUGUUAUUGUAGCAACACUACUUGCUUGGUAUCUCUGCUUUCUCAUAGUCUUCAUCCUGCCCUUGGAUGUUAGUACGACAAUAUACAACCGAUGCAAACAAGCUACCAACUCUAGCCCUUUGGAAAAUAACAAUAUAACUGGAUCUUACUCUGCAGCUGUUCCUGUUACAGGAAAACAUCCGUGUUUCAAGCCAUGGAGCUAUAUCCCUGAUGGAAUAAUGCCAAUUUUCUGGCGUGUUGUAUAUUGGACAUCACAAUUUUUAACAUGGAUCCUGUUACCUUUUAUGCAAUCAUAUGCAAGAUCAGGAGGAUUUUCCAUUACUGGAAAGAUCAAAACAGCACUGAUUGAGAAUGCAAUUUAUUAUGGCACCUAUUUGCUGAUUUUUGGAGCAUUUUUAAUUUAUGUGGCUGUAAAUCCAAAUUUGCACUUAGAAUGGAAUCAGCUUCAGACAAUUGGGAUAGCUGCUGCCAAUACAUGGGGUCUGUUUCUCCUUGUUUUAUUGUUGGGGUAUGGCUUGGUGGAAAUUCCUCGGUCCCAUUGGAAUGGAGCUAAGAGAGGGUACCUACUUAUGAAGACAUAUUUUAAGGCUGCCAAACUGAUGACUGAGAAGGCAGAUGCUGAAGAGAAUUUAGAAGAUAUAAUGGAAGAGGUUCGAAAAGUCAAUGAAAGCAUUAAGUAUAACCACCCUUUGAGAAAAUGUGUUGAUACAAUAUUAAAAAAGUGUCCUACAGAAUACCAGGAGAAAAUGGGUAGGAACAUGGAUGACUAUGAAGACUUUGAUGAAAAACAUAAUACUUACCCAAGUGAGAAAAGUUUGGUUAAGCUUCAUAAACAGGUCAUUUACUCAGUUCAGAGGCACCGUCGUACACAAGUACAGUGGCGAAUUCUUUUGGAACAAGCAUUUUAUCUCGAAGAUGUGGCAAAAAAUGAAACUAGUGCUACCCGCCAGUUUGUUCAUACUUUUCAACCACAAGAGCCAGAAAACAGAUUUAUCCAGUAUUUCUAUAGUCCCACAGUCGAAUGGUACUGGGAAUGUCUGUUGAGGCCCUGGUUUUACAGGAUACUUGCUGUUGUUUUGGCUGUUUUCUCCGUGAUUGUCGUGUGGUCGGAAUGCACAUUCUUUAGCACUAAACCUGUCUUAUCCCUAUUUGCAGUCUUCAUACAACUAGCAGAAAGAACAUACAAUUAUAUAUAUAUUGAGAUUGCAUGUUUUCUUUCCAUCUUCUUCUUAAGUAUCUGUGUUUAUUCUACUGUCUUCAGGAUCCGUGUAUUUAACUAUUAUUAUUUAGCAUCACAUCACCAGACUGAUGCUUACAGUCUUCUCUUUAGUGGCAUGUUAUUCUGUCGUUUGACUCCCCCUUUGUGUCUAAAUUUUUUGGGUUUGACACACAUGGAUUCAACAAUCUCUCACCAAGAUACUCAACCAACUGCUUAUACAUCAAUUAUGGGUUCCAUGAAAGUACUGUCUUUUAUUGCUGACGGAUUCUAUAUUUAUUAUCCUAUGUUGGUUGUUAUUCUCUGUAUUGCUACUUAUUUUAGUUUAGGAACGCGUUGUCUGAAUCUGCUAGGUUUCCAACAAUUCAUGGGAGAUAAUGAUAUGACAUCUGACUUAGUUGAUGAAGGAAAAGAGUUAAUUAGACGAGAGAAAAGAAAGAGGCAAAGGCAAGAAGAAGGUGAAAAUCGAAGAAGAGAAUGGAAAGAGCGUUAUGGAAACAAUCGAGAAGAUUCCACCAGGAAUAGAAAUGUUCAUACUGACCCGAAGGAGUCAAACUACUCUGAAACCAAUACUAACAGAUCAGUAUCUAAGUAUACAAGAUCUAAUAAUCGGACUGAAAGAGAUAGAAUUGAAUUACUUCAAGAUGCAGAACCUCUUGAUUUUAAUGCAGAAACGUUCACUGAUGAUCCUCUUGAAUCUGAAUCAGGAAGGUAUCAGCCUGGUGGAAGAUAUCUAUCAAUGUCUCGAAGCAAAAUAUUUGAUGAUGUCUAAAGCUUGAAAAUAUUUAGGUGACAAUUAACUGUUAGAAGUCUGCAUAUCCAAGUUGUUUUUCAUGUUGUAAAGUAUUUGUAACAUUGGUGUGCCCUCAGAACUUGCUUUCUAUUGUGGAAGAAGAAAAGUCAAGUUAGGGUUAAAAAAUACAGAACUUACAGUUUGUAUAAUAAUUUAUUUCUCAUCAAGUAGUGUAGAGUACCACAUUCUUACAGAAUUUAUUGCAUAUGAUGCAGCUUUUUAUGUGUUCUCUCAAUGGAUAAUGGGAAUGUCCAUUUAAUUCAUAUUAAAAAUUAGUCCAUGCAAAAACAUUUGUGUGUUUCAGGUUGGUUGAAAUGAAUCUUUUCUUCUGAAAGGUAGUUUAAAAAUAAUAAGUAAUAUAUAACACAUCUGUAGUACACUACAGUUCUUCUUGUCAUUUGUGGCAUAUAUUUUGUCAUUAAAAAGAAGAUAUUUUGUCAGCAUUUUUCAAGGAUAUGUUAUUGAAUGAAGAAAUCAAGUUGAUGAUUAUAUUCACAGAACUCAUAUCUUAAAACAUAAGGCUUAUCCGUGAUUCACAAGAGCAGAGUAAUCCUCCUGCUUUAACUUUAUAUGCAAAUAAUGUGUUUUGCAUGUAUAAUUAAGAUAUUUUAAUUGGAACAUUAGUACUUUUUUAGCAUGUGUGAUAAUCAAGUGGUCUUUCCUUUUUAAGUUUUUGAUAGUAGCUGGAAAUCUUUGUAUUUUUUUUUUGGUACAGUUUUAAUUUGAUGGAGAUGAGUUUAAAAUUUUCCAAUUCAGUGCUUUUUUGUAUUCUUAACUCCUGAGCCUUCUGUUCAAGGAAAAGUAUGUGCAUUAAUGGCAAAUAUUUUUGAUAUCCAAAGAACAUGAAAAAGAGAUCCAAGAUUUUAAAAUGUGCCUGUAUAACCAGUAAAGCUUUUACAAAAGACACAUGCUCUUUCCGUUCAAAGAAAACAAAAUACUAAUACAGAAGAUGCUGUAGAUUAGUACUUAUAUUGUGGUUUAUAAAAUGUAUCAAACCAAAAUAGGUUGUAAAUAAUUUAUUGGGCAAAUAUGCUCAUUUAAAAAAUAAUUUGUUCUGGUUUCGUGUUUAAGCCAAAGUUGUGUUAGUUUUUAAGUCACCAUCUUUAUUUUGCAAAGUGAAUAUGAAUGAAUGAAAUCCUUGAAAUAUUUUCCACUUCUUACACAAUUUAGUAGGUUAUAUAUUUUUAGAAAGGUGAACUUUCCCCAAGUCAUAUUUCAAAAAAGCAUAAUUUUUAAAAAAUUAGUGUUAUGUAAUUUUAUAAAUUUAUUAUGAUGUAAGUACUCGAAGGAUUAUGGUUAACCCUGUUAUCUAGUUAUUUUUAGUUAGUUUUUAAAAAGAAUGAAAUUGAGUACAUUCAGACUAAAUAUGGGAAGGUAUGCCAUACUAUAUUGAAGGUUUUUUUGGGGGGGUACUCUUUUUUUGAGUUAUGUUCUUUCCUUUGUAAAGUGUGGUUGGUCAUAGAGCAGUAAGCAGGAAAUUUUCCUUGGGCAAGUUGUAACCUCUCAGUGCCUCGGUUUCUUCAUUUUACAUAAUGAAGAUAUUUCUAUCUAUCUACCUACCUCACAAGGAUAAUGUGAGGGUAUUAGAUUAACAUUUAUAAUACUUCAAGUCAAAGACCUAUAGCUGUCCUUUUAUCAUCAUCAUCAUCUUUAUAACUUAUACUUGAAAGUAUUGGAUGGAAAAAAUGUUCUUCACGAAAUGGACUCUCUGUUUCCUUAUUGUUGUGUAGAAACUAACACACCUCUCUGGCGAGACCUGUAGAUAUAAUGUGUGUGUGUGUUUUUUUCCACCUACGUGAAAAUUACUUGGUUAUUAUUGCUAAUGUUUUCUAUCAUGUGGCUUUACUUUGGAAAUUUCCCCUUAAAUGUAGUGGUAUUUCUUUCAGGUUUUAUCAUGAACUCCAAAUGGCAGUGUAGACAGAAAGGAAAGAAAACAGAAAACUCAUGGUUCUAGGUAAUUUGAAGAUUUACAAAUAAAGUUAAAGUCUGUCUCAAUGAGUUUAUGGUCUAAUGGUAUCUACUUCAGAACAUUAUUAUUAUAGUUAUACUUUUUACAUGCAGAGCAAAUGUUUAAAGCAUGUCUCAGUCAUAGUAAUACUCCCUGGGUUAUAAUGAAGUCAAUAAUGACAGUGAUCCAAAGUAACCAAAGAGCUAGGAUGUUAAACUAAUAAUUAAUAAUACCCAUGCUAGGAAAUAACAAAUUCAUUGUUUUCAUUAACAGCGUGUAAGUUACUAUGUAUUAAUUUGCUAAAGGGAAAAAAAAUAGGGUUUUGGUUCUCCUCCCACCACCCCCAUACACACUACAUUGUAUUUUCUAAUAUUUAUGGUCAAAGGAGCAUCACUGUGAAACCUUAAAGACAAAGUAAGAGGACAACAUGGUGUUGCACAAAGAACACUUCAGACCUAGUCCCAGUUCUGCCUGCUAACUAGCUGUAUGAACCUAAGCAAGUCACUUGAGUCAUAAUUAAUGCUUGUAUAUUCACUUCCCUUUCUCAGCCUCUGUUUCUUUGUCUUUAAAUCAGAGUGGUCGUACUAGAAGAUCUUUAUUUUGGUUCUAUGGAGACCUAGUCCUAAUCUUUACUUGGAAUUCCAUUACCAAAUGAAUACCUUCUCUCAGACUACUCUUAUACAAACAGGCACUUAAUAAACAAAUGUGAUUAGAGCUCAGUUAAAGCCUCUCAAGGGUUGCCUUUGACAAAGAAUUUCUCAUUUUAGUUAGGAAAAUUAAGAAAUACAGAGCAUAGAACUAAAUGCUGAUAAUAAUAAAUAUUAGGAUUCUGUGUAAUUUGAUGUAUAUGGUCAAAUUGUAAGUACCAAAAUCUGAGUGACGUGUGGUCUUCCUCAUUUUAUUGCACCAUCAUGGGAAGUUGUUGAAAAGUUAAUAUAUUGAAAAAAAUAUUUUUUAAAACCACUCUAUCAUAAUGUAAUUCAGACUGUUAAAUUUAAAUAGUUUCUGAUUUUUGUUGCCUCAGAUUCAGAAAGUGGUUAUAGGAGCAGUAAUUAGCAAAAAGCUAUUCUUCAGCGUCCUGUCAGAAUUUAAGAGGUCUUCAUAAACUUGAAUCCCUAAGUCCCAUUUAAAUGAUAAUCAUAGUAAUAGAUUAUAUUUUAUGAAACCUCGGAUGUUAAGAAGUGAUUUGGUUUUCUAAGGCUUACCCUACAACAUCAUUUUAAAAACUGUUACUGCCAGUAUUUUUUAAAAAAUUUUAUAUUCUCUUUGUCCUGCUUACUUAGGAAUGAUUGUUUUAGAAAUUAUGUUCAGAACAUUGAAGAUUGUAGAAAGAGCUGGGUUCUGACUUCCAGUUUCAUUAUUUGAAAUAGAAAAGGUACAUUACACUAUUGAAAGACAUUGUGCUUGCUGACUAAACUGAAUGUUAUUUAGACACUUAAAGGUGGAUUUCUUCAGGCCAUUGGGUUACUACCAUAAAAUCUGAUUGUUUAUUAUUUGAACAAAAAUGCUUGACUUACAAAUAAAGAAAAUGGUAAUAUUUGAAUGAUAAUUUUGAGCCUUUUAAUUACAGUAAUAAUGCUUCUGUUUGCAAAAAGAAUGCUUUCUAAUGAUAAUCUCUUCUUAAUCAGAAACUUCAUUACUAAAACUAAAAACAUCUGUGAUUUAGGAAAACACAUUUCAGGGCCCAGAUUCCCUGUUUACAGCUAGUCACUCUUCCCCUCGUCACCGUUCCCUAGAAUGAAGAGUAAUUCUGCCUCUCUUGAAACUAUCUCUGCCCAAGUGAUAGACCAUAAUACACCAAAGACAGGGUGGCUCCUCCGUGCUUUCUGGAUAGGGCAGUGUAAGUCUUGGGACCCUUUCUUCAGAAGUAUCUGGGUACUGGUCUGUCCUUGAGUGGUUGGCGCCUGAGAUUAUUCUAGUGCCCCCAGGCAAUCAGUGCUGAAGAGGUUUGAACUUUCCCCCCCAACUCAUUCCAUGCUCAAGCUUUGUUCCCAGAGAAUUUGUUAAUUUAGAUAUUAGUAUGAUUUUUAUUUUAUUUUCAGGCAUGUCUAGUUUAUUAAUAAAAAAGAAAAUAAGGAACACUGCCAUGUUUUCUCUCUCAUUCUAAAAGAAUAUAGUUUAUUUUCAAUAAAAUUCUUGGGUUAAGUAGUUAAUAUAUUUAUCUUAAAAAAUUCUCUUUUAUGCAAUGAUCUGGUAAAGUAGAACUUGAUCAUAUUUUUUGCAUGUGGUUAGAAGUGUUUUACUUUUGCAGGACUGACACAUGCGAUGGAAAAUAACAUUUUUGGAAGUUAUUGGGCAGCACGAGUUAAUUGUGGUAUUAUUAUUCUCCAUGUGGCUACCUAACGUACCAUAUUUAUCAGUAUGACACUCUAGCCAAUGUCUUUGAUAUUUAGCAUGUUGGGUUUACGUUUUUACGGUGAUUAUUUCUCAGUAAAACAAUGGCUUUGCUUCUGACCACAUUGAAAAGUGGUAUGGAAAUAUGGAUUUUUCUGGUUUGAAAAGUACAAGCAAAAUGCUGCACGUUUGAAGGCCGGGAAUGUAUUGAGUUGCCUUUUAAUUUCCUGCAGUCAGAUUUACACUUAUAAAUUAUAUAAUGACAAAAGUGUUCUCACAUUGAUGCCCUUAUUUUUAGCAUUUAAUUUUUCUAUUCCAUUUUUGUAAAUAACAGUAUUUUAUUGCUUUCAAAUGAAAUUUUGAAAUCAUUUGACUCCUUCCCCACAGCAGUGUUUUGCUGUUGUUAACUGUACCUCUAGCCUAUCAGUUGUAGUAAAUUAAGAGAUUCCCCCCUUUCUCCAGUCCCUUUUAGGUUUACCAGAAUAUGCUGGGAAUAUAAUGUCUUGGAUGAACUAUGUUGGUGUUACUUUUUCUAUUUUAAUCUGAACAUAUGAAAAUCAAAUAAACUAUUAAUUUAUUCCUUCCAAUCUGUAAAUUAACAGAUAUGUCUGAGCACAUAAUUUAUCAGUAGGUUAGCUAUGAUUUGUGUGCACAAUGCCAAUGUUAUCUUCAGUCAGCUAUUAAUUACUACAUGAAAUUCAGUGACAGACUAUCUCUCACCUGAUACUUCUUUUAUUUGACUAGUUUCAUAUGAUCUGAAAAUUUCUUGUUUGGAAGUUUUACCUGUUUGUGCAAUUUCUGUACUGUAAAACUUUAGUGUAUAUUUGAUUUGUAUUUAGAAAAGGCUGUAGAAGUGCUGUUUCUUAGCAGAGUAGCAGUCUUUUGCCUUGUGUCUGCAUAAUAGCCUUCCGUUUUGGUUAUGACAUACAAUAAAAUCAGUUUUUUUUCCUGUACUAUGUUAAAUUAUUGGUGAUGUAACAAUUUUUUUAGAAGAAUGUAUAUUUGAUCAACUGUUAAAAUAUAGGCAAUUGUAGACUUGCAUGAAAUAAAAUCCAUUUCUAAAAUUA